AAACAAGUAUCUGUUAGGAUGCAAGUCAGCUCGAUUUACUCAGCAAUAAGUCAGUGAUGAAAAUGGAGGAGAAUCCCUGGAUCAAUCCCAUUGCUGAGCAGUAUUUGCUGGGCAUUAGCCAUGUCAUUGAAUACCUCAAGACCGAAACUUACAAAAUCAUCUACAAUCGUCAUAUGCAGGCAGGACGCAGUGGGCCACCGCCGCCAAAGGCUGACAAGAGCAAGAAGGCAUCCCGAGUGCGUGCCUAAGGACUUCUUGAUCCUGGAAAUGAUCCUUGUCUUGUCCAGCUGUCAAGAGGCAGCUCUUUGUGUUUUCGUUUUAACCAAAAAACUAGAUGUGUUUUAUAUACUAAUUUUUAAGUAUUUUGUACAUUAAUAUUUAACUGUGAAAGUGCCUUAAAUUGUUUGCUAACAAAUGUGAAUAAAUACUAUUUUGGACGA